AUACCAUGACGACAAUCACCUCACAGCCAUCGCCUACACGAGCGAGCAUACAGCUGGACGGGCAGAGCAACUUGGAGUGCAAAAUACCACGCUAUUCUAUCGAGCUUGAAGGUACAUCAAACCAGUUUGUUAGCUACACCAUACAAUUCAACUCAAACUCAAGCUUGUACAAAUCCAGCAACCAGGAAAUCCAAAGAAGGUUCAAAGACUUUAAAUUUCUACACACACAACUCUCAAACGCUUUCCAAGCAUCCGUAAUACCCCCACUUCCAGACCAGCAUCGACUUGAGUAUCUGACUGGCGACAGAUUCAGUAAUGAGUUUAUUCAGCGACGCAGAACUGAUCUCGAACGGUUUCUCCAGCGUCUGAGCAGACAUCCGAUUCUCAGGAAAUCAAAACUCUUGAUUGAGUUCUUUACGUCCACAGAAUGGAACACUGUGAUGCACAAAUAUAACUUCGAGACACAGUCUGCCUUAGAGCCACCGCACUCAAUCUUGGACAACAUAUCCGACAGUCUCGUCAAUGCUUUCACAAAAGUUAAGAAGGUUGAUGAUCGAUUCUUAGCCCUGAAGGACAACCUCGACAGGUUGGAUGACUCUCUCACAUCAAUUGAGAAAAUAGUCGUCAAAUUACGUACGAAAGUAUCGAGUGUGGACAAUACGGCUAUCGAUGUAGAUCUUACAGGCGAUUAUGAGGAUCAAGCAGGUGCCACACAAUCGUUGGCUUAUUUAGAAUCAGGUAUUACAGAACCACUUAACCGUUUCGCGCAUGUCCAACUUCAGUUUUCUACGCUCUUGCGCGAUUUGACUGUAACCGCUUACGAGCCCGUCUUAGACCACAUACAUUCGCUAAGGGGGUAUGCAAAUUCUCAUAAAGCUGUACUCAAAUUGCGCGAUCAGAAGCAGUUGGAUUUCGAGCAGUUGACAACCUAUCUCUCGCAACUCUCCGUCCAGCACCAACGUUUGAUGUCGGCUCAGCCGGUGAUCGCUGGUGGUAUUGGUGGAUACAUCCGCGACAGAGUCGAUCACUUCCGUGGACAGGAUGAUGAGAGGUCUCGUCUGGAGAAGUUGCGCAAGCUCGAGGAACAAAUGAAGGAGCUCGAGAAAGCCGUCGAAAAUUCCUCUAAGCAGAAUGUAGAGUUUAGCCAAGCUGUCCUGCGUGAACACUCAAUAUUUGACAUGUCAAAGAGGAUUGAGAUGAAGGAGAUAUUACACCAGUUGUCGGAAGGACACGUGAAAGCGUAUCAAAAGACGUCAGAGGAAUUCGAAAGGCUGAUACCACAUUUACAGCGCAUACGCGUAGAUGUCUAAUAUACACCGUUAUGUAUGAAUAUGUAUAUAUAUUACAAUAAAUCUUUGAAUCU